AUGACUGAACAUCAGAGCGACCCCUCCUCAAGCGCAGAGAGACGAUACCGUCAAUACCAACCACCGGAUAACCGUGCAAGCAGCACCGACGAUGUUCCCCUGCAGCACUACAAAACGCGCGCGAUGCCUCUACAACAACAACUGGAGAGCAAUGAUGAUUCUCGAGAUGACAAUAUCUGUAUUGGCAGCAUUUUGCAGAGAUCUGCAACAGCCCGACGUCCAACAAACGAGAAACCUCUAGUUCAACUCAGUCAAUCGAAAUCAUUGAGAAGCACCAGCACAAGCACUGGUUUGAGUCGAAGAAAAAGGGACCCAGUGGCUCCACCUCUGCCUACGCCAGAAGAUGAAGAACUUCGAUUCGCUAUGCAGAGGGCCUGGGCAGUAUUGGAUAGCGACACUCAGGAAUCUAAAGAGGCUGCCAGUACAGCACCCACUACUGCUCCCUCUGAAGAUUAUAAAUCUUCAAAUAUGGUUAGUACAGGUCGUAUACAAACGGUACCAUUAAAAACCUUAACAACCAGAAUCUAUAUUGAUGAUGCCAACAAUCAUAAAGUCGUACAACUCAGCAAUCUUUUGACAACAGCGAUGGUUGUACAGUAUCUCAAAAAGAAGGGCUUGUUGGAUCACUCGGACGACUGGAGCUUGUUUGAGAUUGACAAUCAACAUGGCGUUGAAAGACCUCUUCGCGAAUGGGAAAUCGUACUGGAUGUUCUCAGUGUCUGGGAACCUGAUGCAAGCAAUGCCCUCCUAGUCAAGAAAUACUCAUAUCACUAUACUUUAACGUCAGAGAGCAUCUUGCAAAAAAAGAUCCCUCCAAUGCACGGAUGGUUAUCUAUUGAGUAUAAGAAGGGAAAAUGGCAAAAGAGAUACUGCUUUAUCAAGGACAAUGCAAUUCAUCACGCAAAGGAUAACAAGGGAUCUUCCUCAUCCAUUUUAUGUCACUUGGCUACAUAUGAUGUCUAUACACUGCUUCAACCAAUUAGAAUCAGCCCUUCGCCAUUUGUAUUCGCCAUUAGGGCUCAAGAUAGGUCAAGCAUUUUUGAAAAAGAGAGCGACUACAUGCGAUUCUUGGCAGUCGAAGAUCAAGAGGAUAUGAAGGAUUGGGUACUUAGUAUCCGAUGUACCAAGAGCAAUAUUCAUUAUCAGUACCACCCCAAUAGAGUGGCAUAUCCAUUGGCUCACAUCUCUCUAGAGAGUACCUUGGAUGAUUCUCAACAACCCACCACAACCGCUAAUCAUACUACUGCGCGUCGACACAAAUUCACCAGGGACUUGAAAUCAGACGACCACACCAAGCAUGCCGUCACUACUGCUCCUCCUUCUGUACCUAGUUUGCCUCGAAGCGAAUCCACUCGCCGUAUAGAACAAGAGGGUGCCAAACGUGCCUUGGGUAGAAGUGGAACUACACGUGGUGGUGCUGGCCAUACUCGAAAUCCCACAACUACUGCUAAAAAUAAUGCUGAUGUAGAAAAUAGCACCACCACCUCAACAACAACUCCAGCAGAUGGGCCCCUCAUUGAUUGUCUUGGCCCACCAACAUUCGCUAAAGGAUCGUUAUUGGCCAAAGAAGAAGAAGCAGAGCAAAUCCAGUACAGACAACAGCAACAGCAGCUACAGCAACAACAAGAACUCAUGCAAAGACAACAAACCCAGCAGCAGCAGCAGCAGCAGCAGCAACAACAGCAUGAAGAAUCCUCCACACUGAUCCAGAUUGAUGAUAGUAUCAAGUUUGCCAAAGGUUCCCUACUCGAUCAAAAGGAGAAUGGCAACGUCAAGAUGACUCGAUCCAAGAGUGUGCGAGAAGUGUCUAGUAAUCACAACUCUGAAGAAUCCUCCUCUCAUCGUCGCCAUGUUUCUCUGCGAAGAAAGCCCACGGGAGGUAAACGCCUACAACACCACGAUGUGCCACUACCCAAUAACGCAGCGAUUGCGUCUCUGCCUAUCUCUCCCCCACCAGCCAUACCGCCAUCUACCGCUUCGUCCAUGCUCAACAGCAAUCAUAACCAAAACCACACUACAUUGUUGCAACUGAACAACAAUCAAGAGCGAUCGCAUACGCGAGAAUUGCAUGCAAGACACGGCAAGCCAUUACUGAAUUUCGAUUCUCCCAAUACCACCUCUACCACAACCAGAAAAUAA